GUAUGACCUUGCUUCUAGGGAAUGGCUUCCAUUAAACCAUUCUGUGAACAAUGUGAUUGUUAGAUAUGGUCAUUCUUUGGCUUUAUAUCAGGAUAAUAUUUACAUGUAUGGAGGAAAAAUUGAUUCAACAGGCAAUGUGACCAAUGAAUUGAGAGUGUUUCAUAUUCAUAACGAAUCAUGGGUAUUGUUGACCCCAAAGGCAAAGGAGCAGUAUGCAGUGGUUGGACACUCAGCACACGUUGUAACACUGAAGAGUGGCCGGGUGGUCAUGCUGGUCAUCUUUGGUCACUGCCCUCUCUAUGGAUAUAUAAGCAAUGUGCAGGAAUAUGACUUGGAGAGGAACACCUGGAGUAUUUUGCACACCCAGGGUGCCCUUGUGCAAGGGGGUUAUGGCCACAGCAGUGCUUAUGAUCACAAGACCAAAGCCCUGUAUGUCCACGGCGGUUACAAGGCUUUCAGUGCUGUUAAAUACAGGCUCGCAGAUGACCUCUACAGAUACGAUGUGGACACCCAGAUGUGGACCAUUCUUAAGGACAGCCGAUUUUUCCGUUACUUGCACACAGCUGUGAUAGUGAGUGGAACCAUGCUGGUGUUUGGAGGAAAUACACACAAUGACACAUCCAUGAGCCACGGUGCCAAAUGCUUCUCUUCAGACUUCAUGGCUUAUGACAUUGCUUGUGACCGAUGGUCAGUGCUUCCCAGACCUAAUCUCCACCGUGAUGUCAAUAGAUUUGGCCAUUCCGCAGUCUUACACAACAGCACCAUGUAUGUGUUUGGUGGUUUCAACAGUCUCCUCCUCAGUGACAUCCUGGUAUUCACCUUGGAACAGUGUGAAGCACACCAGGGUGAAGCUGCUUGUGUGGCAGCAGGACCUGGUGUCCGCUGUGUGUGGGACACAGGGUUGUCUCAGUGCAUCUCCUGGGAGCUGGCAACUGAAGAACAAGCCGAAAAGUUAAAAUCAGAAUGCUUUCCCCAAACAACCCUUGACCAUGACAGAUGUGACCAGCACACGGAUUGUUACAACUGCACGGCCAACACCAAUGACUGCCACUGGUGCAAUGACCAUUGUGUCCCUAUUCAUCUCAGCUGCAUGGAAGACCAGAUUUCCAUUUCUACAUAUGAGAACUGCCUCAAGGAUAACCCUAAGUACAGUUGUGUCAAGAAGACCAGCUGUAGGAGCUGUGACCUGGACCAGAAGUGCCAGUGGGAUCCCCAGAAUCAAGAGUGCAUCUCCCUGCCUGAAAAUAUCUGUGGCGUUGGCUGGCAUUUGGUUGGAAACUCGUGUUUGAAAAUUACUACUGCCAAGGAGAAUUAUGACAAUGCUAAACUGUACUGUAGGAACCACAAUGCCUUCUUGGCUUCCCUUACAACCCAGAAGAAAGUGGAAUUUGUCCUUAAGCAGCUGCAAAUAAUGCAGCCAUCACAAAGCAUGUCUAAGCUCACCUUAACCCCAUGGGUUGGCCUUCGGAAGAUCAACAUGACCCAUUGGUUCUGGGAAGAUAUGACUCCAUUUACAAAUAGUUUACUACAGUGGAUAACAUCUGAGCCCAGUGAUGCUGGGUUCUGUGGAGUCUUGUCAGAACCCACUGUUCGGGGAUUAAAGGCUGCAACCUGCAUCAACCCCCUCAAUGGCAGCAUCUGUGAACGGCCUGCAAACCACAGUGCCAAGCAAUGCCGGACGCCGUGUGCCUUGCGGACUGCGUGUGGGGAGUGCACCAGCAGCAGCUCUGAGUGCAUGUGGUGCAGCAACAUGAAGCAGUGUGUGGACUCCAAUGCCUACGUGGCCUCCUUCCCUUUUGGCCAGUGUAUGGAGUGGUAUACCAUGAGUAGCUGCCCUCCUGAAGAUUGUUCAAGUUAUUAUACCUGCAGUCAUUGCUUGGAGCAGCCAGGCUGUGGCUGGUGUACUGAUCCCAGCAACACUGGGAAAGGGAAAUGCAUGGAGGGAUCCUACAAAGGACCAGUGAAGAUGCCUCCACAGGCCUCUGCUGGAACUGCCUAUCCACAGCCCCUUCUGAAUUCCAGCAUGUGUCUAGAGGACAGCAGAUACAACUGGUCUUUCAUUCACUGUCCAGCUUGCCAGUGCAAUGGCCACAGCAAGUGCAUCAACCAGAGCAUCUGUGAGAAGUGUGAGAACCUGACCACGGGCAAGCACUGCGAGACCUGCAUAUCUGGCUUCUAUGGUGAUCCCACCAAUGGAGGCAAAUGCCAGCCAUGCAAGUGCAAUGGGCACGCCUCGCUGUGUGAUACCAACACGGGCAGGUGCUUCUGUGCCACCAAGGGCAUCAAAGGGGACCAGUGCCAGCUAUGUGAGGUAGAAAAUCGAUACCAGGGAAACCCUCUCAAAGGAACAUGUUAUUAUACUCUUCUUAUUGGCUAUCAGUUCACUUUUACCCUCUCCCAGGAAGAGAAUCGCUAUUACACAGCCAUCAAUUUUGUGGCCAUUCCUAAGGAACAAAACAGGGAUCUGGACAUGUUCAUCAAUGCCUCCAAAAACUUCAAUCUCAAUAUCACCUGGGCUGCCAGCUUCUCAGAUGGAGCCCAGCCUGAGGAACAGAUGCCUAUUGUUUCAAAAAACAACAUUAAGGAGUACAAAGACAGCUUCUCUAAUGAAAAGUUUGAUUUUCAAAACCAUCCAAAUGUCACUUUCUUUGUGUAUGUCAGUAAUUUCACCUGGCCCGUCAAAAUUCAGAUUGCCUUCUCUUAAUACAUCAACUUUAUGGACCUGGUGCAGUUCUUCAUGACUUUUCUUCAGCAAAACAUCAGGUGGCCACCUCGAGGACCCUUUGUACCACGAAAGCAGAAAUCUCUUCCUGGGUGAUGCUGGGUGGGAGCUGAUGGUCUUGAGUCAAGACUCAUCCACAUCCUGAUGGACCCACUCUGCCUGAUAUGAGCUGACGAGAUUGAAAAAGAGACCUAUUGACAAGAUCCAGCUUGCCCCUCUUGAUAAGUUUCACUUGAAAUAUGUUAUUUGUACUUCAGUUGCUAAUGCAUUUUGUUCUCCAGAGUGCCGGAGACCAAGCAUUUUCUAUAACCUUAAUUAGCUUCUGUAAGCUAACUCUCCACCAGAAGUAUGGUCGUGGCCCUCCAGUCUUGAAGAAUUGAAUAAAGACAUUCAGUAUUUCUAAAGAAAACAGUAUUUCCAUUCUAUAGUUCACCAGCAAAAAUAAAAUUCCCAUAUUUUUGUUCCUUCAAUAAAUAAAAUUAUUUAAAAUUA